ACAUUUUCCACCGGCUCUUUCUCUUUGUCCAUCCACCACCGUGCUGAAGCAACAUCCACAGCAAGACCAUGGCGAAUGUUGUCGAUACAAAACUAUAUGACAUUCUCGGAGUCUCUCCAUCCGCAACUGAAAAUGAACUGAAGAAGGCAUACCGGAAACUGGCGAAAGAAUACCACCCUGACAAGAACCCAAAUGCUGGUGACAAGUUCAAAGAAAUCAGCUUUGCUUAUGAGGUGCUGACCAACCCUGAAAAGAAGGAGCUUUAUGAUCGCUAUGGAGAGCAAGGCUUGCGGGAAGGAGGCGGGGGUGGCCCAGGCAUGGACGACAUUUUUUCCCACAUCUUUGGUGGUGGACUCUUUGGUGGUGGACUCUUCAUGGGCCAGGGGAGUCGCUCCAGGAAUGGAGGUCGGAGGAGAGGAGAGGACAUGGUCCAUCCACUCAAGGUGUCACUGGAGGACCUUUACAAUGGCAAAACAACUAAACUACAACUUAGCAAGAAUGUACUGUGUAGCACUUGUAAUGGGCAGGGAGGCAAGACGGGUGCGGUACAAAAAUGUACAACAUGUAGGGGGCGUGGCAUGCGCAUCAUGAUCAGACAGCUCGCCCCAGGGAUGGUCCAACAGAUGCAGUCUGUGUGUACUGACUGUAAUGGUGAAGGGGAAGUUAUCAGUGAGAAAGACCGCUGUAAAAAAUGUGAAGGCAAGAAAGUGGUGAAGGAGGUGAAGAUUCUGGAGGUACACGUGGAUAAAGGCAUGAAGCAUAGCCAGAAAAUUACCUUUGGAGGUGAAGCUGACCAGGCACCUGGCAUCGAGCCAGGGGAUAUAGUCCUUGUCCUGCAGGAAAAAGAGCAUGAGACAUUCAGGCGAGAUGGCAAUGACCUGUUCAUGAACCAUAAGAUUGGGCUGGUGGAGGCGCUGUGCGGCUUCCAGUUUAUGCUGAAACACUUAGACGGCAGACAGAUCGUUGUGAAGUACCCUGCUGGCAAAGUCAUUGAACCAGGCUCAGUCAGGGUGGUGCGAGGAGAGGGCAUGCCCCAGUACCGAAACCCUUUUGAGAAGGGAGAUUUGUAUGUCAAGUUUGAUGUUCAGUUCCCCGACAACAACUGGAUCAGCCCUGAGAAACUUGCGGAGCUGGAGGACAUGCUGCCCUCACGGUCAGAGCCGCCCAUCAUCACUGGAGACACAGAGGAGGUGGACCUGCAGGAUUAUGACGUCAGCCAGAGCUCGUCAUCAGGUAACCGCAGAGAGGCCUACAACGACAGCUCCGACGAAGAAAGCGGACACCAUGGGCCGGGAGUACAGUGUGCCCACCAGUAAUCUCAUACUCUGUCUCACACACACAUAUGAUCCACGUACUACUUUGGAUGAAAAUGUAUGAGUUGCAGAGUAAACAAGGAGGUAGGUCAGGCUGAAAAGGCUUGGUAGUUCCUCAGACACAGAUCAGAUAUAUUGAAUCAUGGCACCUGGAGUUGUUGAUUAUUGUUAUUGACUGUGUGCUUGGAUUAUUUUGAACUUUGUCUGAGGAACUCACACUGGGGCAGCCCAAAACUUAUUACACUGCGCCUGAAACAGACAAACAGUAACUUCAGGUAGAAGUCAGAUUAAGUAUUUAAGAUUUAUCAAAACAAAUGGUUGCCCCAGUGAACACUGUGCCCUGUAGGACCAUGAUCUGGUGUUCAAGGUGAACCCCCCCAACCCCCCACCCC